AUACACACACGGUCAUAUAUACUACACAUCGUUAGUUAGUAUUAUUGAGGGGAGAAGCAGCGUGUAGAUUGUAUAAAUGGCAAGUAAAACAUUGCGGAAUAUAUUAAAAUUAUGGAAAGUUAUUCUUGGUUUUGUUCUACUUUUCAUCAUAAUACCUGUAGCAUUAGUAAGUCCAGACAAGAAAUUGAGAGCGGGAUGUGUUUGCAUUCUAAUGGCAAUAUUUUGGAUGUUGGAGAUAUUACCUUUGCCUGUUACAUCGUUAAUGCCUGUAGUGUUACUUCCUAUAUUCGGUGUAGUUAAUACGGAUGAACUUAGUCGACUUUAUAUGAAAGAAACCAUUAUGAUGUUUAUAGGAGGAUUGACGUUGGCUGUGGCCAUAGAACAUUGUAACUUACACAAGAGGGUUGCACUUAAAGUUUUAUUAGUGAUGAAUAGAGGAGUACACUGGUUGAUGUUGGGUUUUAUGUUAAUUACUAUGUUCCUGUCUAUGUGGAUCUCUAACACUGCCACUACUGCCAUGAUGGUGCCUAUCAUCGAGGCAAUUAUCGAAGAACUUAAGAAAAAGGUUAACAAAUACAAUGCCAUAAAUCUGGAAGACAUUAGUGUGCAGAACGAUAAAGAAGUGAAAACGAUUUGUACCGUAUCCAACUCGAACAUAGAACGAAUUAAUGGAGAUAAUGAAAAUGAUAAAACAUUCAAAAGAAUGCGGAUUGCAUUAAUGUUGAGCAUCUGUUACGCUGCCAAUUGCGGAGGAACUGGAUCAUUGACAGGAACUGGCCCUAACUUAGUUAUGAAAGGGAUGCUCGAAGAAAAAUUUCCACAAUCCAGAGAAAUAACAUUUGCCACCUGGAUGAUGUACAAUGUGCCUGGGAUGUUGAUUUGUGUAUUUUUAGCGUGGAUAUAUUUGACAUUUGUUAUCAUGAAAUACAGAGGAAAAGAUUCCGAUGAUCAAACAAUAACGGAAGCGAUAAGAAAAAAGUACUUAGAAUUAGGAAGAAUUACAUUCCACGAAUGCGCCGUUUUAAUAUUGUUUAUUAUUUUAGUGAUUUUAUGGUUGUUCAGGGAUCCGAAAUUCAUUCCAGGAUGGGUGGAACUGUUCGAUCCAACGGUGGAAGUAGAUGAUGCCACACCAGCCAUAGCCAUUGCCAUAUUACUCUUUCUAAUUCCGGCCAAACCUAAACAAUUAGGAAGAAGUCCACCAUUAUUAGACUGGAAAACGGCUCAAUUGAAAUUACCUUGGGGGAUUAUCUUGCUAAUUGGUGGUGGAUUUGCCAUGGCUAAAGGUGCUGAAACAUCACACUUAGACGAAUGGAUAGGACAUCAAUUGACAUAUUUCGAGUAUCUUCCCACAGAAGCCAUAAUUGCACUGAUGUGUUUCAUUACUUUAUUUCUUACUGAAAUCACUAGCAAUACGGCGGUGGCAACUAUAGUUUUACCCGUUAUGAUACAACUAGCAGUAUUCUUAAAAAUAAAUCCCUUAUUUUUAAUGUUACCCGUUACGGUAUCCACUUCUUAUGCAUUUCUCUUACCAGUUGCCACUCCUCCAAAUGCCAUUGUUUUCGAUGCUUCAAAAAUGAAGGUUACUGACAUGAUGAAAGCUGGAAUUGCCAUGAAUAUCAUCUGUUUAGUGGUACAGUUUACCAUGAUCAAUACAUUAGGCAAAGUUAUGUUUAAUUUAGACACUUUUCCUGCUUGGGCGGCAGCAGCAGUAAAUAACACUGAACUUCAAAUGCAAAAUAUGACAUUUUUUCAGACGUAAACGAGCAAUAUCGUGCAAUAAUUCCGUGUAUUAUAGGUUGUGAAAAAAA